UUUCAGUACCAGAGCAAAACACAAAAACAUGCUAAUUAAAAAAAAAAAAAAAAAUUGACUAUACUUUCAUUUAAUCCAAACUAUGUACAUAUUUAAUUUUAAAGGGCAUUUGAAUGUUAAAGCCACGGAUAACAACUAAGAAAAAAGCCCAGAACUGCUUUUCUGUCUGAUAUGACACAAACAAUGUUAACCAUUUGUACAUUCUCUAACACGCAUAUUUUAGACUCACAAUUCAUUUCAAAGCCUCUGGCGUGUAAAAAUAGUAAAUAUCAUCAUGUCCUCCUUUUUUGUUUACCCUAAUAUAAGUUAUAUGAGCAUUAAAUAGUUAAUAAAUAAACUUAAUUCUAAUUCUCAUUAUAUUAGCGUUAGCCGCGCUUAUGCUAACGGUUAAAUACUCUAAUAACAGCGUUCAUUUAAACCUGACAUUCAAAUUAAAAUAUUUAAUUGUAUUCAUAACAGAAGCGAUGUUUCCCACAGACUUGCACUCUAUUUGUGGUGGCUUAUAUAUGCAAAUUAAUUCUCUGCCAGCAGGAGGAGCUUGUAGAGCGCGUUUUAAAUUUACAUUUUUUUAGUACUGACUUCAUACUGAAGUACCGGUUCUUUUGACAACACUAAAAUAGACCAAAACCAAUUUUUUUACACCAGGCUGUAAACGUUUUUUUUUUUCUGCUGUAAAGUUGGGCAUUUUAACAUGGGGAGUCUAUGGGACUGACUCCCUUUUGGAGCCAGCCUCUAGCGGCCAGUCAGUAUAUUGCAGUUUAAGUUUCUUCCGUAUUGGUUUCACAAUAGAGACAGAAGGUUGCCGCUUGUUUAUAUAGUGUUUGCAGCGUUGAGCAAUGUGGAUUUCUGGAGUGUAAUGGCCAAUCACCGCUAAAAAACGCUAGAGCUCCUGUGCAGUGCUGAAAUCUUGCAUGCUCACGAAUCGUCUCAUUAUAACACACAAAAUGUAGAAAGACUAUAUAUUAUAAUAGAGCUUUGUGAGACUGCGAUACACUGAGAUAAAGGGAUAGCCCCAUGCUUGUAUUCUGCCAUGCCAAACCAGUACGCACAGCCUAUGCUUGCAUUUAGUUAAAUAUAAAAGUGGUUUGUGAAUGUUGAUGCUUUGAGCGUUUAUGCUGGGAUGUUGUGGAUGUGAAAAAGUAACGUAACAAGUAAUGUAACUAACAACUUUUGAAAUAAAGUAAUCAGAAAAAUAACUUGAUUAAUUUUAAAAUGGGUAAUCAGUAAUCAGUAAUAGAAUUACAUUUUCAGAGUAACUUGCCCCAUACUGCUGUUAACUGGUUUUGAAAAUGUGACUAUUUUGCUGACUAGUUGUUCUGUUACCAGAAAAACUGGUAUUUUCUGCCAGGAUCUGCAUGGCGUCAGGGGCUGGAUCUGAUAUGGAGGCGUGAUCUAACAGUGUGGAUCAUCUAUGAGACUCAUGUCUGUUUGUCUGAUUUUUCGGAUGUAUGAAUCAUUGAUGUUCUUCUGCUGUUUGUUUGCACGUGUUUUGAAUCCAGGCAUAUUUCUUUACUCAAAAUCUUUGUCAUUUAUAAGGGGGAAAAAGUCAUUUUCUCAGCACUACUGCAUGUUUUGCUUGGCUUAUGCUAACUGUUUAUUCUUCAGGUGUGUCUGGUGUUGGAUCAGAUAAACUGUCGGUGUCUGUGAUGGAGGGAGAUUCAGUCAUUUUUCACACUGAUGUUAAAAGAAACCAACAAGAAGAUAUUAAAUGGUAUUUCAAUGACAUUCGCAUCGCUCAAAUCAGUGGAGAUCUCAGUUUGAUCUGUACAGAUGUUCAGUGUAAUGUAGGCACUGAGAGAUUCAGAGACAGACUGAAGCUGGACAAUCAGACUGGAUCUCUGACCAUCAUGAACAUCACAACCACUGACUCUGGAGAUUAUGAACUGAGAAUCAUCACUAGCAGGAGCAGCAGUGACAAAAUCUUCAAUGUUAAUGUCAGUGGUGUUUCUGCUGCUGAACGAGAUGAAAUGAAGAGAAAGUCAGUAAAGGAGGGAGAAUCUGUCACUUUAGAAUCUGCAAAAACAAAAAGCCCAAAUGAUGUGAUGACGUGGUAUUUUAAUGAGACUAAAAUCACUGGAGAUCAGCGUACGAUCUGUACAGAUGAUCAGUGUAAAGAGAGAUUCAGAGACAGACUGAAGCUGGACAAUCAGACUGGAUCUCUGACCAUCACAGACAGCAGAACCACAGACUCUGGACUCUAUAAACUACAGAUCACCAUCAGUGACAGCAGCUGUAGUAUCACCAUC